AUGUGGACCGGUGAUCAUAAUCCAAGCAAAGGAACUCAAAAUCCAGAAAUCGAAAUCGUCGGAAAUGAUCCUCCGUCGGCCGGAAACAGUGGUCCAAUGAACAAACGGAAGAGCGCUCACUUCAACAUCCCGGAGACGGUUACUAAAGACGACGAAGCGUACGUUGAGAUCACAUUAGACGUACGUGACGAUUCAGUUGCUGUACACAGUGUUAAGACGGAAGAUCCGGAGAUUUCCUUUCUAGCGAAAGGUCUUGAGAAACGUGCUUCACUCGGUUCUACGGUGAUUCAUAAUGCUUCUUCUCGAAUCAAACAGGUUUCUCAAGAACUGAAACGACUUGCUUCUAUAACUACGCGACGGCCACCGCAAGGCCGGUUUGAUCGGACUAAGUCGGCCGCCUCGCAUGCACUUAAGAGUCUGAAGUUCAUCGUUGAUGGAAACGAAGGUUGGUCUGCUGUGGAGGGACGGUUUGAUAAUCUUACUUCCUCUACAAAUGGAUUACUUCCUCGUUCUCUGUUUGGUGAAUGCAUUGGGAUGAACAAGGAAUCGAAGGAGUUUGCAGUUGAACUAUUCGACGCGCUUGGCCGGAGGAGAGGAAUAACCGGCGAUUCGAUUAACAAGACGGAGUUGAAAGAAUUCUGGGAUCAGAUUGCUGACCAGAGUUUCGAUUCUCGUCUUCAGACUUUCUUCGACAUGGUUGAUAAAGAUGCAGAUGGAAGAAUCACUGAAGAAGAAGUCAAAGAGAUUAUUGCUCUAAGCGCUUCCGCCAACAAGCUGUCAACAAUUCAGAAACAAGCAGAUGAAUACGCAGCUUUGAUCAUGGAAGAACUUGACCCAGAUAAUUGCGGCUAUGUCUUGAUAGAGAACUUGGAGAUGCUCUUAUUGCAAGCGCCAAGCCAUUCUGUAAGAGGAGACAGUAAAAUCCUGAGCCAAAUGAUAAGCCAGAAACUAAAACCAACAAAACGCAACCUAAUAGUAAGGUUCUUUAGAGGUCUAAACUACUUCUUCGUCGAUAACUGGAAGAGGAUUUGGGUUAUCGCUUUGUGGGUUGGAGUUAUGGCUGGUCUAUUCGCAUGGAAGUUCAUUCAGUAUAAGAACAGGGCUGCAUAUGAUGUAAUGGGAUAUUGCGUUUCCAUGGCUAAGGGCGGGGCUGAAACCCUUAAGCUGAACAUGGCUUUAAUCUUGAUGCCCGUAUGCAGAAACACAAUUACUUGGGUCAGGAACAAGACCGGUUUGGGAGUUGUUGUUCCAUUUGACGACAAUCUUAACUUUCACAAAGUGAUAGCUGUCGGGAUUGUGAUUGGUGUUGGAAUUCACGGGAUUUAUCACUUGGCUUGUGAUUUCCCGAGGCUUAUUAGUGCAAGCUCGGACACAUACGAGCCGAUGAUUCAGUAUUUUGGGAAGCAGCCGACUACUUACUGGCAUUUCGUUAAGAGCUUUGAAGGGAUAAGUGGGAUAAUCAUGAUAGUGUUGAUGGCUAUAGCUUUCACUCUUGCCACACCUUGGUUCAGACGAAGCAAAAUCAAAUUACCUAAACCGUUAAACAAGCUAACCGGAUUCAAUGCUUUCUGGUAUACUCAUCACUUAUUCAUAAUCGUCUAUGGUUUGCUCAUUGCCCAUGGAAUCCAACUCUAUUUGUCUAAAGAAUGGUACAAGAAAACUACUUGGAUGUACCUGGCCAUCCCAGUGACAUUGUAUGCCUGCGAAAGAUUAAUUCGAGUGCUUAGAUCAAGCAUCAAGCCUGCUAAGAUCCAGAAGGUGACGGUUUAUCCUGGAAAUGUACUUGCACUUCACAUGUCGAAACCUCAGGGCUUCAAGUACAAGAGCGGGCAAUGCAUGUUUGUCAACUGUGCUGCGGUUUCUCCAUUUGAAUGGCAUCCUUUUUCUAUUACAUCGGCUCCGAAUGAAGACCAUCUGAGUGUCCAUAUUCGAACAUUGGGUGAUUGGACUCGACAGCUGAAGACCGUGUUCUCUCAGGUUUGUCAGCCACCUCCUAAUGGAAAAAGUGGACUCCUCAGGGCUGAUUAUAUGCAGGGAGAAAACAAUCCCAAUUUUCCAAAGGUGUUGAUUGAUGGUCCAUACGGAACACCAACACAAGACUACAAGAAGUACGACGUAGUAUUGCUAGUGGGUCUCGGCAUAGGUGCAACGCCAUUGAUCAGUGUUGUUAAAGACAUCAUGAGCAACAUUAAGGCAGGACACGAAGAAGAAGAGAAAUCCCUCGAGAAUGGGAGUGGCAGUGGUAGGAGAAGUUCUAACAAUUUUAAGACGAAAAGAGCCUAUUUCUAUUGGGUAACACGCGAGCAAGGCUCGUUCGACUGGUUUAAAGGUAUCAUGAACGAGGUGGCGGAAAUGGACAAUGAGGGAGUGAUAGAAAUGCAUAACUAUUGCACUAGCGUUUAUGAAGAAGGCGAUGCCCGGUCUGCAUUGAUCACCAUGCUUCAAUCUCUUAACCAUGCGAAGAAUGGGGUUGAUGUUGUGUCGGGUACGCGUGUUAAGUGUCAUUUUGCUAAACCCAAUUGGCGGAAUGUUUAUAAACGGAUUGCUGUCAACCAUACCAAUUCGCGCAUUGGGGUUUUCUAUUGCGGGAUACCAGCAUUGACGAAAGAGCUAAGGCAACUAGCUUUGGAUUUCUCUAGAAAGACUUCCACCAAAUUUGAUUUCCAUAAAGAGAACUUUUGAACAUUCAAGCAAAAGGAGUUAAAUUAUUUUUCUUAUUAUAUACUACACAAAUAUAGU